AUGAGGCAAAAAGACCAACCCUCACCCUGUAUGAUUGAUGUCUUUGACAUAAUCAAGAAAACUGUAUUAGACACACAAAAGGAAUAUCUUUCUAUCAAUAGUCACGAAGCAUUCAAAAGGGAUUUUCUUGACAUGUAUCAGAAGAAUGUCCAGUCCUGGGAUCCUACCAGCAAGUGUAACGCCUAUCAUAUUGACACCCUGUUAUGGACAAAGAAUGGCAGACAGUUUUCUUCCGUCGGCUAUGCUGAUAUCAACGGCGAUAUAGUCGUCAAUUCAGAUAUAUUUCCAAAUGCUAAACACGGAUACAACCAGAGAAGGUUUCUAAUAUCAACUCUCGAAUACGCGCCAUUUGUCUUCAAGAAGAAGGUCAAUAACAGCUAUAUUUACGAAGGAUUCUGUAUAGACCUGUUGGAAGAGUUAGCCCACAAACUCAAUUUUACUUAUACUCUAACGGAGCCAGAUGAUGGGAACUGGGGAACAAUAACGAACGAAGAGGAGCUGACAUUUAAUGGUCUCGUUGGACAACUACAAAGAGAGGAAGUGGAUAUAGUUGCUGCACCAAUAGCAAGCCAAGCAGAGAGAAGUCCCGUUAUGGACUUUAGUUAUUCAUAUUACUAUGAGUAUACAACAGUUCUGGUAAAAAAGCCCGACAUCAAUGCGACAAAAUGGAGGACACUGUUAGAUCCAUUUAAAGUGGAAGUCUUAGUUGCAAUAGGUAUAAUCCGUUUGUAUAUGUUUGGAAAAUGUAGACAGGACUACAGAAUUUCCUUACUGGCAGCUACUGUUUUAGUAUUUCUGUUAGAGAAAUAUAAUCCAUUCUAUGACACCCCUCAACAUAAGGAGGACAGAAUGAUCCAAGGGGGCUUGCAUGAAUUGCAUAGUUCAUUCUGGUAUGUGUUUGGAGCGUUACUGUGUCAAGGUGGAGUACACUUACCACAGUCAACAGCUGGGCGAACUUUGAUUAGUUGUUGGUGGUUAACAUGUAUCAUAAUUGUCGGAACAUACUGUGGAAACCUCAUUGCCUUUCUAACAGUGACCAAGGAAAAGCCACCGUUCAACACACUUGCUGAAAUGCUUCAACUAAAGAACACAUACAAGUGGGGUACUGUUGGAGGCACUUCUUGGGAAAUGGCAUUUCCGAGCUCAAGCAAUCCUACAUUCAGAGCCACGGGAAAAGCAUUCCUAGAGUUCAGCAAAGCUGAUCCUACGAUUUUGCAUCAAAGCCCACCUUACCAUAUAAAUCGAGUAAAAAACGAUGAAAAGUAUGCAUGGAUAGGUGAUAAGACAAGCAUAGAGAUAGCAAUGGCAAAGGAAUGCAGUCUUGUGUCAAUCAAGGAAGAAUUUAUGCCACUGAUAUAUGUGUUUGGCUUCACCAACAACUCGCCUCACACUGCAGUCUUUUCUGAACAAAUGAUAAAAAUACACGAAGGAGGAUUGUACCAAAUAUGGAAGCGGAAGUGGUGGCCUAAAUCCAAUUUCUGCGCGGGAAAUUCAAUACCAGAAGCUAAACCAAUAUCACUUAUGGAUGUUCAGAGUGCAUUUUACGUGUGUUUAAUUGGUAUUUUCCUUGGGUCGAUUGCUUUUCUUGUUGAAUAUUGUUGGUAUAAGUACAGUUCGUACAGGCAAAAAAGAAGAAAUUAUUCAAGUAGUGCCGUGUUGGACAAGCAAGGCGACAGACCGACAGAUUCAAGGAAAACAACGACUUCAGAUCAUAAAAAUCGACAGACACAUUUAUGAUACAAUGUAAUAUGUGCAACAAGAAUGGCCAAGAUGCAAAUGGUGACUGAUUUUUUUAAUUGAUUACUUCCUAUGUAAGCAUUGCUCUUUAUUCCAUCUUUGUGUUGCCGUUUUCAGAUAUUAAUUUGCCACGAGUCGUCUUAAAUGUUUAUACAGCUUUCUUAUCAAAUACUUUUAUUCAAGCAAAAACAAAAAACUGAAACUUCUUUAUUCUGAAAUCCAUUUUGGUGGAUGUUAACGAAAAGAGAGAAU